CGGGGUUGGUUCUGGUUCUGAAGACCCUCAGGGGAGACAGCGUGUGGGCAGAGACACCUGGACUUGGGAGCCGCGCCGGGGCGGGCAUUCCCAGCAUGCCCUGCGCCGCGCCGGCCGAGCGCUGGACUCCAUCUCCCAGCGGCCCCUGCGCGGACCCCCGCCGCAGCCGCGCCUUUGUGAGAGCCGUCGGUGGCGCGGGAUCGAGCCCCGGGCCCGGUUCAGCCUGCGACGGCGCCGAGCGAGGGGCGACGCGGACCGAGGAAGCGCCCGCUCUCCUUUCUUAGGAUAUUGCCCUUCUCCCAGAAAAGAACUUAAAGGCAGAGAACAGAAACACAGUCAUAUGUUCCUAAAGUUUUAACGCCAUGUCCAAGCCCAGACUGGCUUGGAACUCAGGAUCCCGUUCCCUCUGCCUACUGAGUGUUGCCUACAGGAUUUGGUGACGUUUGGGGAUGUGUCUGUACAUUUCACUCAAGAGGAAUGGGAAUGGCUGAACCCUGCUCAGAAAGAUCUGUACAGGAAAGUGACCAUGGAGAACUACAGGAGCCUUGUGUCCCUGGGAAUUCCAGUUUACAAGCCAGCUGUGAUCUCAUUACUGGAACAAGGUAAAGAGCCCUGGAUGGAGAAGGAGGGAACAAGACCCACAAGCCAGGAUUGGGAGUACGUGUUUAAAGGCACUGAAUUUUCAUCAAAGCAAGAUAUUUAUGAAGAAUCAGCCAAAGGACUAACAGUGGGAAGAAGCCAUCUUAGUUACAGCCUUGACUGUCCCAAAUGGAAAGAAGAUUGUGAGAGCGAGGACUUACUCAAGACCAAGUUGGAAGGUCAGUUGACUGCCCCUUAUGAAGAAGUCCCUGGAGAUCAAAGACAUGGGUGCAAUAAAUCUUGGCCCACAUUCCAUCAGGAUGCAAUACUAGGUAUACCACAGAGUUUCUCCACCAAAGAAAGAGCACGUAAGUGUGAACCACAAAAGAGAAGGUACCGGAAAAAGUCUGUGGAAGCAAAACAUAAGAAGGUCUACGUAGAAAAGAAAAUCUUGAAGUGUAAUGAAUGUGAGAAAGUCUUUAACCAGAGCUCAUCCCUAACUCUCCAUCAGAGAAUUCAUACUGGAGAGAAACCUUAUGCAUGUGUUGAAUGCGGGAAAACCUUCAGCCAAAGUGCAAACCUAGCUCAACAUAAGAGAAUACAUACUGGGGAAAAACCUUAUGAAUGUAAGGAAUGUAGAAAGGCCUUCAGCCAGAAUGCACACCUUGCUCAACAUCAGAGAGUUCAUACUGGAGAAAAACCUUAUCAGUGUAAAGAGUGUAAAAAAGCCUUCAGCCAGAUUGCACACUUGACUCAACACCAGAGAGUUCAUACUGGAGAGAGACCUUUUGAAUGUAUUGAAUGUGGAAAAGCCUUUAGUAAUGGUUCAUUUCUUGCUCAACAUCAAAGGAUUCAUACAGGAGAGAAACCUUAUGUGUGUAAUGUGUGUGGGAAGGCCUUUAGUCAUCGUGGAUACCUGAUAGUACAUCAAAGAAUUCAUACGGGAGAGAGACCCUAUGAAUGUAAAGAAUGUAGGAAAUCCUUCAGCCAGUAUGCACACCUUUCUCAGCAUCAGAGAGUUCAUACUGGAGAGAAACCUUAUGAAUGUAAAGUAUGUAGAAAAGCCUUCAGCCAGAUUGCUUACCUUGAUCAACAUCAGAGGGUUCAUACUGGAGAGAAGCCCUAUGAAUGUGUUCAAUGUGGGAAGGCCUUCAGCAACAGUUCAUCACUGGCACAGCAUCAGAGAAGUCAUACUGGAGAGAAACCCUAUAUGUGUAAGGAAUGUAGGAAAACAUUUAGCCAAAAUGCAGGCCUCGCUCAACAUCAAAGAAUUCAUACUGGAGAGAAACCUUAUGAAUGUAACAUUUGUGGGAAAGCCUUUAGUUACAGUGGAUCUCUUACUCUACAUCAGCGAAUCCAUACUGGAGAGAAACCCUAUGAAUGUAAAGACUGCAGGAAGUCUUUCAGGCAGCGUGCACAUCUUGCUCAUCAUGAAAAAAUUCAUACUAUGGAGUCAUUCCUGUCCCUUUCCUCUCCUUUGCCCUCCACAUCCAAUCACCUGCCAAGAACUAUAGGUUUUAUCUCCUAAAUAUGACCCAGAUGUGACCCAUUAGAUCAUUUGCAUUUCCCCGUCCUUGUCUGAUACGUGUUAAUCUGUUUCACAUGGCAUAUGGAAAUAGCUUUCUAAGUGUAUUCGCCCAUUGGAUCUGUCAAUUUCCACAUUUCAGCUAGACCUUAAGUAAGUUUUGAUCAUAUUAUUUAUCCUUCAUUAAUUCUUCAGUGACAUCCAAAAGUUCUUAGGGGAAAAGCGCAUUUUCCUUAGAGUAACUUAAAAUGCCUCCCUGUCUCCAAUACCUGGUUCCAGACUUCUUUUAAAGCCUCCGUGUCUCUAUCCAUCUCAUUCUUCACAUACGUCCAGAAUUAUAACUCCUGCCAGCAUCAGAUAGAUCGAGGCUCUAACCCUUGCUCUUCUGUUUCUCAUUCCCAAUUUUAGGGGAGCAUUUUGUCCUUUGGAAUUUCCAUUCUUAUUUAUAUUAUGGAAAUAACAGUUCUACCUCAAAAAUUCUUGGGAGAAUUAAGUUAUGCAUGUAAAUUCCUUAGCACCGUGCCUGGCAUAAAGUAAAAAAAUAUUAAAUGAAAAUAAAAAAUACUAUGAUGUAUAA